AUGAACAAAAUGGAUUUUUCAAAACUAGUUAUCACCAUUGCAUUGGUGCUAGUCCUUUUUCUUUGCAUGGAUGGAUCUGAGGGUGUAUCUAAUUCUUCUGGUUCACUUAGUGUUGGUGACAUUAAUCCACCAUUUGCUCAUCACAAAGUGAACCUGUCAGUGUACUAUGACAGUCUUUGCAAAUCUUGUGCACUAUUCAUUAUUAAGGAUCUGAGGGAUAUCUUUGACAGUAGUCUCAUCAGCAUUGUGAAUCUUCGGCUAGUCCCUUGGGCCAAUGCUUACAUCAAUAAUAACAAUAAUUCCAUAUCAUGUCAGAAUGGCCCAGAUGAAUGUGAGCUAAAUUCAUUGGAAUCAUGUGCCCUUAAUCUUUGGCAUAAAGUGGACAUACAAUAUGAACUGAUCAGCUGCUUUGAGUUUCUAGCAAUUGAGGGAACCAUUAACACAUGGAAGGAAGACUGUUUAAACCAGUUGGGUUUGCCUGAGAAGCCUUUCCUGAAUUGCUUCAACAUGGGAAAUGGAACACAGCUUGGAAAAACAUAUAUUAAUCAAACUGCACAACUUUACCCAUCUCCUUUAUCUGUACCAUGGGUGGUGGUGAACAAUCAACCAGUUGGAAAUGACUAUGCAAAUUUUGCACAAUAUGUUUGCAAGGCUUACAGAGGAGAUGCAGUUCCAGAGGUCUGCAAUUCUCCUUGA